AUGCCGCUCGUCCUGAUCUCCGGAUACCCGUCCGCUGGCAAGACCUACCGCGCCCGGCAGCUGCUCGACUUUUUCCGCGACAAGAUUGCGCAGCUCGCUCCGACCGACGCCCGCAUUGCGCGCCUGAAGGUCCACCACAUCAACCAUCAGACACUCGGCCUGCACCGCGAUGUCUACCACUCGGCCCGCGCAGAGAAGGACGCCCGAGCUGCCGAGGCUUCGGCCGUCAAGCGCGUCCUGGGCCGGGACGACAUUGUCAUUGCCGAUGGCAUGAACUACAUCAAAGGCUUCAGAUACCAGCUCUACUGCGAGGCCAAGGCCAUGCAGACCCCCAGCUGCGUUGUGCACGUAGGAACGCCCGUCGACAGAUGCCGUGAGAUCAACCAGCGGCUGCUCGCCGACACCAGCACCGAUGGGGGCUACGUCGAGGAAGACUUUGAGAACCUGGUCUUCAGAUAUGAGGAGCCCAAUGGCAUGACGCGCUGGGACAGCCCUCUGUUCACCGUUGUGUACGAUGACGAGACCCCGCCUUUCGAUCAGAUCUGGGACGCAAUGGUGGGCAGUGACGGAAAGGCCAAAGUGGUUAGGCCAAACGCCGCCACCGUCCUGAAACCUGCCACUGAGCAGAACUACCUCUACGAGCUCGACAAGACCACUUCUGACAUCGUAUCUCAUAUCGUGUCCUGGCAGAAGGAUCAUCCGGGCGAAGAGGGGGGUGAGGUCACAGUCCCGGAUGCUGAAAACGCAGUAGCCCUCCCCGCAUCCAUUGUCUCGCUACCACAGCUCCAGCGCAUCCGCCGACAGUUCAUUUCGCUGAACCGUCAGCACAAUCUAUCGAAGAACCGCGUCCGGGAUCUCUUCGUCGACUACCUCAACGACGCAUUCCAAGCCGCAUGA